CUAUAUAUUGAGAUACCAAUCACCAAGAUCAUCUCUUCUUUUUCUCCUUUAUGUAACUCUCUCUCUCUCUGUAUACAUGUAACUCACAUAUUUGGGUCAGCAGGUCCGUACACCCACAUUCGUCAUACUCAACGAUAUCGACAAUCUUCAGUUAUACGAACUCACAUUCAUACAUAUAUAAAUUGUGUAUAUGUACACAGCCUAGGGUUAGGGUUUUGAAUUUUUUUUUCUUAUGGAAGAUGACUAAUAGACUGCGAGCGUAAACAAUUCUUUCAGAAGUCCCAAAGACUCAGCCAUGGAAGAUGAACCAAUAGAAACAGAGGAGCUCGCAAACACAGAAAAAUGCGAAUUUGUGUCGCAGUCUCUUCCUGAGUUGGGUGAUUCGCAGCUUGGUGGUGAGCCAUCCAUUGUGACGGAGGAGGAAGAAGGCGGUGGAGAGAAUGCUGUUACCCUGUUGGGGGAUUUGGAGCACAUCGUUGUUGAGUCUCCAAUUGCCGCCAAGGAGGACAAGGAUUGUGAGGCGGUGGCAGAGGAGGAGAAUCUGAUGGCGGACAUUGAACCACAGACAGAGACAGCUAAAGGCAGUGGAGAGAAGUCGGUGGUUCAGGAGCUUGAAAUUGAACAAAUCGUUGGGGCAGAGACCUCAAUUGGUUCUAUGGGCGAUGGGGAUGACAAAGUUGUGGCAGAGGAGGAGAAUCUGACGGUGGACAAUGAAAUGGAAACCGAGACGGCAAAAGGCAAUGGAGAGAGCUCUGUUCAGGAGAUAGAAAAAGCAGAAUUCAAUGGUGCAGAGUCAUCGGUUGCUUCUAUGGAAGAUGGGGAUGACAAAACUAUGUCGGAGGAGGAGAAUUUGACCACCCAAUUUGAGAUGGAGACCGAAGGGGCAAACGGGAGUGCAGAGAAGUCUGUUCAGGGGAUAGAAGAUGGACAACUAGCUGGUGCGAAGUUUCCUAUUGCUUCUCUGGACGAUGGGGAUGGCAAAUUUGUGGCAGAGAAAGAGAAUCUGGAUACACAAAUUGAGAGGGAGUCUGGAGAGUCAAUAGGCAGCGGAGAGGAGUCUUAUCAGGAGAUAGGAAAUGCACAACCCAUUGGUACAGAGUCCCCAAUUGCUUCUGUGGACGAUGAGGAUGACAAAGCUGUGGCAGCCGAGGAUCCUUCGGAUACCGAAAUUGAGACGGAGGCAGAAUUGGCAAAAGGCAGUGGAGUGGAGUCUGUUCCAGAGUUGGAUGAUACACAGCUUGUUGGUGCUGUCUCACCGACUGUAACCAAAGAAGACGAUGAAGAGGUGAUGGCUGAGUAUGCGACUCCAAUGGCAGACUCUGAAAUGGACACAGUAAUGGAUGUGGCAGAUACCAUGGAGGGGGAGAAAGGAAGCAGUAGUGGUGGAGUGAAGCGGAAGAGAGGGAGGAAACCUAAAGCUCCAGUGAAGGCUCCAGCAAGGAAGAUUAUUGGAGAGGAUGUUUGUUUUAUUUGCUUCGAUGGUGGAGACCUUGUACUAUGUGAUCGCCGGGGAUGCCCCAAGGCAUAUCAUCCUUCUUGUGUGAAUAGGGAUGAGGCAUUCUUUCGAGCUAAGGGUCGUUGGAAUUGUGGUUGGCAUAUUUGUAGCAACUGUGAGAAGAAUGCAUACUAUAUGUGUUAUACAUGUACAUUUUCAUUGUGCAAGGGGUGCAUCAAAGAUGCCGUUAUCUUAUGUGUCAGAGGAAGCAAAGGCUUUUGUGAAACUUGCAUGAAAACUGUGAUGUUAAUUGAAAACAAUGAGGCUCAAGUAGAUUUUGAUGACAGGAGUAGCUGGGAGUUUCUCUUCAAGGAUUACUGGAUAGACUUAAAAGCAAAGAUCGAUCUCUCUAUAAAUGAACUUGAGCAGGCUAAAAAUCCGUGGAAAGGCACUGAUGCAUUGGCCAAUAAACAGGAAUUGACUGAGGAAAUGUAUGAUAACAAUGAUGGAGGUUCUAGUUCAGACAGUUCUGAGAACCUAGACAUAACUAAAUCUAAAAGAAGAAAGGCAAAGAAACGAUCAAAGUCCGUCCCUAAGGAAGUGGACGUGCCAAGUGCAGCAGCAGCAAUUCAUGCUGAAGGGACUUCUACUCCUGGCAACACUGAGUGGGCAUCAAAAGAGCUUCUGGAGUUUGUAAUGCACAUGAGAAAUGGUGACAAAUCUGUUGUGUCACAAUUUGAUGUACAGGCUCUCUUGCUUGAAUAUAUAAAAAGAAACAAACUUCGUGAUCCUCGUAGGAAAAGUCAAAUUAUUUGUGAUUCAAGGCUUGAAAAUCUGUUUGGAAAAGCUCGUGUGGGGCAUUUUGAAAUGUUAAAACUUCUUGAAUCUCACUUUCUUAUAAAAGAAGAUUCUCAGACAGAUGAUAUCCAAGGGACUGUUGUUGAUACUGAAUUUAACCAAUUGGAGGCUGACGGGAACAUGGAUGCCCCAUUAAAGGGGGGUAAAGAUAGGAGACGCAAAAUACGUAAAAGGGGUGAUGAUAGAGGACCUCAGUCCAAUCUUGAUGAUUAUGCUGCUAUUGAUAUCCACAAUAUUAACUUGAUUUACUUCCGACGAAAAUUGAUGGAGGAUCUAAUUGAAGAUAUUGAGAAGUUCCGUGACAAGGUUGUUGGUACUUUUGUAAGAAUCAGGAUUUCUGGUAGCAACCAGAAACAAGACAUAUAUAGGCUAGUCCAAGUUGUAGGAACAAGCAAAGCAACUGAACCAUAUAAGAUUGGAAAAAGGACAACAGAUGAAGUGCUAGAAAUACUAAAUCUGAACAAAACAGAGGUCAUAUCAAUUGAUACAAUCUCAAAUCAGGAGUUCACUGAGGAUGAGUGCAAGCGUCUACGCCAGAGUAUAAAAUGUGGACUUAUCAACAGACUGACUGUGGGUGAUAUUCUGGAAAAGGCUACAGAAAUCCAGGAGGUCAGAGUCAAUGAUUGGCUGGAAACGGAAAUAGUGAGGCUUAGUCAUCUUCGUGAUCGAGCAAGUGAGAAAGGGCGAAGGAAGGAGCUUAGAGAAUGUGUAGAGAAACUGCAGCUUCUGAAGACACCUGAGGAGCGUCGGCGUAGGCUAGAGGAGACUCCAGAAAUACAUGCAGACCCAAACAUGGAUCCUGGUCAUGAGUCCGAAGAAGAUAACAGUGAAAUGGAGGAUAACAAACGAGAAAGUUUUAUGAGACCAAGAGGUUCUGGCUUUAGCAGGAAAGGCCGGGAGCCUCUCUCUCCACGAAGUGGAAGUUUUUCUUCAAAGGAUUCGUGGAGUGGUACAAGGAAGAAUUCUAGCCAGAAUUGGGAACUAAACAGAACCAUGUCUAAUAAAAAUUACUUGAACAAAGGUGAAGAGACUACUCUUGCUGGUGAGACACCGAACGAAAAAGUGUGGAAUCAAGGUAGAGACAUAGAUGCAAAGCAAUCAAACAAUUUGGAGAAGUUCAACUCAGCUAUUGAUUCUGAAACAGUUGGAUGGAAUAGCCACUCUCUGGUAAAAUCUGAAUCAUUCUCAGGCGUCGCAUCAGAAUCUUCACCAGCAUCUCUCUCUUCUGGGUUAGCAGAAAAUGCUGCCAAAAUCAGUGAAACAGAUAAAAUUUGGCAUUACCAGGAUCCGUCGGGUAAAGUUCAAGGGCCAUUUUCUAUGGGCCAGCUACGUAAAUGGAAUAACACUGGAUAUUUUCCUGUUGAUCUUAAAAUUUGGAGAAGUACUGAAAAGCAAGACGAUUCUCUCCUUUUGACUGAUGCAUUGGCCGGAAGAUUUCAGAAAGAGUUGCCACCAGUAAACAUGUUCACAAAGGCUGAAAAUGUGCUCAGUCCACAUCUCUCAUCCACACAUGCUGGGAGGUCUCACGGGACAUCCUUGCAGAAAGUGGAGCUAAGUUCUUCGACUGGCUGGGCCACUCCUUCAGUUGAGGUCACCAAACUUUCGACAGACCAGAGGGAUUCUGACUAUGGUAGCAGAACUGAUUCGUCAAACCUCCCAUCACCAACUCCAAAACAAAGCACUCCGGGGUCUACAGGAGGACAAGCUUUUGAGAACAAAUGGUCAGCAAGUCCUUUUCCUGUUCAUCAAGAAGGUUCUGUCCUGGGUGCCAAUUUGUUUCCAGGUAGCAAUGGAGUGCUGCAAUCACAUGACUUAGCUACCCCAGAUAAUGGCCAACCUACACGUUCUUCUACCUUUUCUUCAAUUAAUCAAGAUGGAAGCAAAAAACAUAAUGCAGUGGAGUCCAUAGGUGUUUCGGCGCCUACUUCAGUUUUGAAUUCAAACCUGCAAUUGACAAGGGUUUCUGAAAAUGAUUCUUUGAGCUCUCAUACUGGUUUGAGUCUAGCACCCAACUCUGGUCAGGGUUUCCCUGUGGGCCCUACAAAUGCUCUACCAGUUUCUCAAUCAACUGCAGUUGCUCCCCGCGCGACACCAAUGAGUGAAUCUCAUUCCUGGGGUAGUGCACCAACCCAGAAAUUAGAAGCAAAUUCUUCAAUUCCUUCUCCUGUAUCACAAAUGGCAUGGGGUGGUGUUCCAUCUACUGUUCAAAAUUCUGGUGGAAACUUACUCAAUCCAGGCUUCUCAGCUUUGCCUCCACCUGAUCCUUGGAGACCUCCAAUUCCAGUUAAUCAAUCUAAUGUCCAGCCUCCAGCACAACCCACUAUGCAGUGGGGUAUGGUUGUCGCGGAAAAUAACACCUUUGCACCAGGUCCAAGGCCUGAAAAUCCAAAUGCUGGUUGGGGACUGAUGCCAGGAAAUCCAAACUUGGGCUGGGGAGGACAAGCACCAGGUACAAACAUGAACUGGGGAGCUAUUGCUCAAGGGCCGGUGCCUGGAAAUCCAAAUGUGGGUUGGGUCAUGCCACCUGUGAAUCCAGGAGCUACUGUUCAAGGGCCUGUAUCUGGGAAUGUGAAUAUGGGUUGGGUUGCACCAACUGGAAAUUCGGGAGCUAUUGUUCAAGGACUAACACCUGGAAAUGCUAAUCCAAGUUGGGCCACACCGAUGGGGAAUCCAGGACCUACCGUUCAAGGGCAACCACCUGGAAAUGUGAAUCGAGGAUGGGUCACAUCAAGUGGGAAUCAUGGAGCUGUUCAAGGGCCACCUGGAAAUGCAAAUCCGGGUUGGGGUGCACCAGCUGGGAAUCAAGGCACACGGGGAGGUGAACAACGACGCAAUGGAGAUAGAUUCUCUGGUCAGAGGGAUAGUGGUUCUCAGGGUGGUGAUUCUGGUUAUGGUGGCGGUAGGCGUUGGAACAGGGAUUCAUCAUUUGGCAGAGAGCAAGGUGGUUUUGACAGGCUUCCCAAGGGGCAGAGAUUGUGCCCGUACCAACAGCAUGGAUAUUGUAAGAAAGGUGCUGCCUGCGAUUAUAUGCACACUUGAAAAGAAAUUUUGUACAGUAAUUUUCCAGUAAGGUGGUUGACUUUUCAAUUUCCAUUGGUGCUUUUCAAUUGUAAACUUUUUUUCAGUUCAGCAGCAAACUUCAAAUUUUCCUCUCUUGCAAUAUCAUUGCUGUUGAAUGCUAA